UGCUUCAUAAACCUCUCCACAUUUUGCAACCGCGGCUGUUGAGGAGCGCGCUGGAAGCGGAGGGAGUGCGCUCCUUCUGGAGUGAUUAUGUCAAAUCUGGAACGGGCUUUGCUUCACGCUGCAUAACCCCAACUGAGCUCUCCCCACUUCCACAAACAGGGAUGUUGUCGCGCAGUCGGUUGCGAAGGUCGGUUCCAGCAGAACAGUGAGGAGACCGCUCGUUUACCAUGAGCUGUUUGGAUGUUAUGUAUCCAGCCUAUGGACAUUACGCACCGUACGCACCGACUGCUCCCGCUUUUAUCAAUAGCUUACAGGCUCCUUCAGGUCUGAGCAGCUCUGCGCCCAACAGUCGGGAUUUUAUGGAACCUCCCAGCGUUCCAGAAGGGAUGUCUGGGGGCCCAGGUACUGGAGGAUCAACUUCCUCCUCAUCUUCUUCCAGUUCUUCUUCCUCCUCCUCUUACACACCUGCGAGGACAGCGGAGGGCCCCAAGGAGAAGCAGGAGGGCCCAGAGGCAGAGUACCUGACUUCUCGCUGUGUGCUCUUCACUUACUACCAUGGAGACAUCAGCAGCGUGGUGGAUGAGCACUUCUCCAGGGCUCUCAGCUCCUACAUGGAUGGAGAGGGCAAACGGCGGGCGCCAGAGCAACAGGGCACAGAAACUUCUUCCUCUAACAGCCGGCGCAGCUUCCCCCCGUCUUUCUGGGACAGUAACUACACGUCACCUCAGAGUCGCCCCCACUGUGAGACCAGCGCCCCAGCUUAUUCCAUGGACCCGUACGCGUCGGCGCUGCAUCCAGGCCUGUCACACGCGCAUACUCAUCCUCACCCACACGCCCACACUCAUCCCCACCCCCACCCACCGGAGGGCUGGGGGUACCCUCAGGCCCAAGCCUACGGCCCCCCUCGACCGCUACAUGAACUGUACUCACCGUCAGCUCUGGAGUCUCACUACGGGGGUCUGCUCGUGCCCACGGUGAGACCACCUCAUCUUCCCACCUUGCCAAGCCACUAUGAAGUGGGCAAGCUGGAGCCCACCACCUCCUGGCCGAGCCUGCUGCCCCCUGGAGACGUCAGCCAGACGCUGGCGCUCAACAUGGAUGCAGGCCUCCAGCAGCACAAGAAAGGCAAGGAGCUGUACUGGUUCUAACGAGCCCUUCAGUAACACUGACCUGCCAUUACCAGACCCAAUUAGUCCCUGGAUCUGCUCUGCUUUUCAAGCAUUGUGUCCUUUCACUCUCACCCCACACCCCACACAUUCACGCACCACAUCCCCAUCCACCCCCUUCUUUCUGCCUUUAGCCUCCCCUGCCAGUACACGGCCUUGCUCCAGGUCGACGUGUGUGCACCAUGGAGAUAAAGAAGCGAGGGAACGAGGGAGAGAGGCCCAGCAUCUGAACUGGCCACGGUGAGCACCAUCGUUGCUCCCUCUCCUGCAUCUCUCCUCCACUCUGAAUCCAGUUGCUCUGGCAGGAUGAGGGCCACGGUGACCUGUUUGGAUUGGGAAGCAGGAUCACAGCAGACAUUUGCAGCUGGGGAAAAAAAAAAAAAAAAGACAGAGGAGUGCAGGGAUGAAUCACAGCAUGAAUGGAUUUCUUCCAACCUUCCUGGUUAUCUCCGUCUCAUGCUCUGUGUUGCUACAGUCAUUGUCAUUAUCCACUUAUCUGCAUUUCACAAAUGCAAUGUGCAGCAAUAUCCAAGAGCAGAAUUCAUGGAGGUUAGAGCUUUGUGACAGUCAUCACAAGGCCUUUAAAAAAAACAAAAAAACAAACAUUUCUUUUAAAAUAAAGUGUUUUUAUUUAUCAGUGUUAAUGUCUAUUUUUAAUAUGAUUGCUUGGCCAGUGUUCUGAUAUUCUUGUGGUUCAGUUGAUGUUUUUAAAAGUGGACAGUUAUAGAUCAGCCAGUGCAAUGUGGUUUUGGUGUAGUUUCUCAAGGAUAUUGUUUCAAAUGCUGUCAGAUCAUAUUUAUCCAUCAACUCUGAGAGAAGGUAGUUUUUUAAUAUGAAUAUGUUCCAUUUUAGUUCAAAAUUUCAGUUGUUUUUUUUCCUUUUAUUGUGGUUUUGAAUUUGGACUUCUUGAAUAUUUUUGGGUUUUUCUGUGUGUGAAUUAUUUCUCAAUUUUGUGUCCGAGAAAAUGUUAUUGUCAAUAAAUAUUUUUAUGGUUAAUUA